AAAAAAUCAAGCAGUGUGUUAUGGGAGAGGAUUUAAACAAGUGUGUUUAAGUAAAGAACAACGACAGGGAUCUGAUCUACGCUCUGAAAACCACAGCCCUGCCACCUUCAUGUCCUGUCUCUUGUCAUUACCGAGGUGAGAUGAUACUCCUCUCAAGGGGAUAGCUCUGACAGGCAGUAAUAACAGAUUGGGUUUGCUCUGUUCCCCUGGGACUCAACAGGCGUCUCUGUUCUCUUUAUGACAUCUGUGCCAAGUCAAAAGUCUCCUGUGAGCGUGCAACGUCUUCACUGAGAUCCCUCGACCCACCACUUCAUUUUCCCAUCCCUUGGAGCUCCCAGCAUCGCACUGCUUCGUUUUGGUUGGCAGCUCCUCUCGCCUUGAGCCAGGAUGAAUGACGUUCAGGAGGCCACCUCCCCUGCGACCAGCCUCAGCGGUCCAGCUACCUGCGUCUCCAAAGUAGAGCUGCGUGUGUCUUGCAAAGCUCUGCUGGACCGAGACACGUUGAAUAAGUCAGACCCAUGUGUCAUACUUAUGGUGCAGAACAACGGACAGUGGACAGAGCUGGACAGAACGGAAGUGAUCAAGAGCAACUUGCACCCGGUCUUUGCCAAGGUUUUCACAUGGGACUACUACUUUGAGGAGGUUCAGAAGCUGCGAUUUGAAGUGUAUGACAUCCAUGGCACUCACAGCAUUGGCACCCGCGAUGAUGACUUUCUGGGUGGAAUGGAGUGCACCCUUGGCCAGAUCGUGGCCCAAAAGAAGAUGGUGAAGCCUUUGUUGCUGAAGUAUGGGAAAUACGCUGGAAAAUCCACCAUCACAGUGCACGCAGAGGAAAUUUCUGGCAACAACGGCUAUGUGGAGCUCUCCUUCUGUGCCAAAAAGCUCGAUGAUAAGGAUCUCUUCAGCAAGUCAGAUCCAUUUUUGGAAAUAUACAGAAUCAAUGACGAUGAAACCGAACAGCUUGUGCACAGAACCGAGGUGAUCAAAAACAACCUGAACCCUGUGUGGGAGCCCUUCAAAGUGUCUCUCAUUUCCCUGUGCAGCUGCGACGAGGAGCGCAAGCUCAAGUGCCUAGUAUGGGAUUACGACUCCAGGGGGAAACACGACUUCAUCGGCGAGUUCUACGCCACUUUCAGGGAAAUGCAGAAAAUUUCCAGUGGAAAUAAGGUGACGUGGGACUGUGUGAAUCCCAAGUACAAACAGAAGAAGAGAAACUAUAAAAAUUCAGGAGUUGUCAUCCUCAGUGACCUUAAGCUCCACAGAGUGUACUCCUUCUUAGAUUACAUCAUGGGAGGAUGCCAGAUUCACUUUACGGUUGCCAUCGACUUCACAGCCUCCAAUGGAGACCCCAGGAACAGCUGCUCUUUGCAUUACAUCAACCCUUACCAGCCCAACGAGUACCUGAAGGCUCUGAUAGCAGUGGGGGAGAUCUGUCAAGACUAUGAUAGUGACAAAAGAUUUUCAGCAUUGGGAUUUGGUGCCAGAAUCCCUCCAAAUUAUGAGGUAUCUCAUGACUUUGCCAUCAAUUUCAACCCAGAGGAUGAUGAAUGUGAAGAGAUCCAAGGAGUGGUUGAGGCAUACCAGAACUGCCUUCCAAAGAUCCAGUUGUAUGGCCCAACCAAUGUUUCUCCCAUCAUUAACAGGAUAGCCAAGCUGGCAGCAGGCGACGGCAACAUUAAAGAUGCGUCUCGAUACCACAUCCUGCUCAUCCUCACGGAUGGUGUAGUGACAGACAUGGCAGACACGCGUGAGGCGAUUGUGCGAGCCUCCUACCAGCCUCUCUCAAUAAUCAUUGUUGGUGUGGGCAAUGCAGACUUCACAGACAUGCAGAUUUUAGAUGGAGAUGACGGAGUCCUACGCUCACCGAAGGGCGAGCCAGUCCUCAGGGACAUUGUGCAGUUUGUGCCCUUCAGAGACUUCAAAACGGCUUCACCUGCAGCCCUGGCCAAAUGUGUUUUGGCAGAGGUGCCCAAGCAAGUUGUGGAGUACUACAGCCAUAAGGCCAUCUCCCCUAUGUGUCCUAUGAGGGACUUAGCAACCCCCAUCCUCAGCCCAGUCGCCACCACCCCGACAGAAUAACCACGCACCCUGCUCUUGGGACCAAGCUUUGCCCACAGCACCAGUCCAACAAACUGAGAGGGAGAAAGGACGCAUGCCUCGUGUUUUUUGGACUAGGACUGAAGAGAAAAUCUUUCUAAAUGUGUUGUAACUCAUUUAUUUCAUUCUUUGCACCUAUCAAAGUGUUUACACAAGGACAGUACGACAGAGGCUGUGGGUUACAUUUCUCUGCUCAAUGUGGAUCCGGCGCUUCUCCCUGGCUGUGCAAGCCACAACCACCCAGCUGUUUCAGCAUCAUGAGUCCUAGAGGAUUGUGUUGCCCCCCUUAUGCAUGCAGGCCAGUCCCUCAGCGCUGAUCCUUCACUCAGAUGCAGGCUUAUUAUUACUCACUGCCCAUGAAAUUCAGCACCUCAACUGUCUGUUAUGUUACUGUUUUCCUAAUAUCAUAUCUUCAGAUCAUUUUGAAGAUGCACUGUACAGUACUGUACAUGGCAAUCACAAUUAGACUUGAAAACUUGAAAAUACUGACAAAGUUUUAUCCAGAUGUUAUAGAUGGUAUAGAAAAGAGAUAUUGCAUUCAGACAUGCUUGUAUUAUUAGACUGACCUUCCCUUAUAUACCAAUUUUGGACAUAUUUUGGAUUAUGAUAUGACAAUAUUUCCAGACAUACACAGAUGACAAUUUCAAAUCAAUCUAUCAUGAACUGACUGACGGAAUGAACUAGCGACAAAUCUUUAACAAGCUCUAAUCUAUUGUUUAAAUUGAAAGCUCUAUUCCCAAGGACACCAGCCUUUCUCAACAAACCAAAACAUGCAACCUGGUCAACUGAAGAAAAUGUUGGUGUUUUAUAUUUUUGCAAACUACAAAUACAUCACAUUUGUAUGUUUCAUAUGUAUUAUAUCAAUGUCUUUAAAGUGACAUAGUUCUGAUUACAUGUAUAGCUAGCGAGCUAGCUUGAGAUGGAUGAGAUGAUGGAUUUUGUGUGACACUUUGACAAGCCAGAUGCCAAGCAGCAGACCCUUUGCUGCAUUUGUGGUGCAGCAAUUGUGCCGACCAAACUGGGUAUUUUAAGCUGAAAAGCAAUCUUUUCUCAACUGUAAUCGAUUUUAUUUGCAUAAACAUAACCAUAUGUUAAACAAAGCAUUGUUGAAGUGUAAAGAAAUGUAAAAUUUUAUUAUCCACUGCUACGGGCAAAUGUUACAUAUC